AUGGAUUUAAAUCAAACACCACCAACAGAAGAGGAGGAGAGGGCAGGUGAGCUCAGCUCGCCUGCAGCUGCAGCGGAGCUGCAUGCAGAAAGCGGCGAAAAUCGCUCGCGUAGGACGUCUUCCACCAGGAAGCGUCCAGUUAAUAAGUCAUCCGACGAGGAAGGCCUGCCGGCUCCUAAGUUGCCGACCUCGAGGAGGGGACGACGGCAAACAAGAGAGGCGAGUGCUUCGCAGCCGCGGAGGGAUAGGCACGGGCGUUUCGUGCGCUCCGAUACCCCGGCGGCUAGCGAGGUAGAGAGUGACAUUGGGGUCACUAUAGAGGACCCAUGUGAUGGCGGUGAAAGCACUGCCUCACUGGGGAGCUCAAAGGCGGAUCUCAAUGCCGCCAAAAGGGAGCAGCGCAAAGCCGUCGCGGCCGACGAAGUGUCGGAAAUGGUUGCCACCAAGUCCGGCAGCCUGAAGGGCACAUUCACCCGUGGGUUAAAAGAGGCUGCCGCAGAUAUCAAGGAGGCGGUUGCCCUCCUCCUCAAUAGGACGACCUCUGACGAGGUCGCCAAGUUACGGGAGGAAAACAGUCGCCUCCGUAACGACCUUGACGACCUUCGGCGGCAAGUCGCUGAGUUAAGCUCUCAGCAGCGACCCGCGGCUGAUGAUGCCGUACCUGCUCCUGCACCGCCGCCGCAACCCAAUAGCCUUCGCACCGACGAAGAGGUCGAGCGCAUUGUCCGGCUCUGCAUGCUCCAGUGCGGGAGCAUGGUCAAUGCUCGGCUGGAAGCGAUCUCUCGUCGUCUUCCAGCCGAAACCCUCCGCCCUCCUCUAGCCGCCGAUGCGCGGAGGACUGAGGAGCGGCCGAGACCAGGGCCUCCAGUAGAGAAGCCGGCGGAAGGAGCCCCUCUGCGCGGCCAGCCCACGUCUGCCGGGUCCAAGGGCGAGACUUGGGCGAAAGUCGUGGGCCGCAAGAAAGCCCGCAAGGCCGUCAAAAAGGCCGCAGCAGCCGCACGCGUCCCCGGUAGGACCGCUAAAGCGGCUGCGCAGCCUGCACAGCAGACUACCAGAGGCGGACGCAAAGGACCAAAGAUACGUGCCCCGCGCUCCGAGGCUGUUACGCUUACGCUACAGCCGGGGGCCGCGGAGCGUGGCGUAACGUACCAGUCUGUCAUUGCCGAGGCCAAGGCCAAGAUCAAACUACCCGAUCUUGGCCUCGAGUCCGUCACCCUCAGACAGGCUGCCACGGGUGCGCGGCUGUUCAAGGUGCCAGGUGCUGUAAGCGACAGUGCCAAAAAGGCGGACGCUCUGGCCGCCAAAAUUAGGGAGGUCCUCAAUCCGGAGGACGUCCGGGUCUCCAGGCCAAUGAAAACCGCAGAGCUGCGGAUUGCUGGUUUGGACGACUCCGUGACCACCGAGGAGGUGGUGGCGGCCGCUGCCCGAAGUGGUGAGUGUCCGCCAGACAAUGUGCGGGCCGGCGAUAUACGCGCUGACGCCUCUGGACUCGGCGUGGUCUGGAUUCGGUGCCCCGUGGCGUCAGCGAAGAAAAUCGCUGAAAGUGGCAGGUUGCUGAUUGGCUGGGUUGCAGCGCGGGUAAAACUGCUGCAGCCCCGGGCUCUGCAGUGCUUCCGGUGCCUGGAGAAGGGGCACGUCCGGGCAAAAUGCACCGCCGAGAUCGACCGUAGUGAUCUUUGCUAUCGCUGCGGUCAGCCCGGCCACAAAGCGACCCAGUGUUCCGCAGCGCUCAACUGCAGCCUUUGCUCGGCUGCAGGGAAACCGGCGGGACACAAAGUGGGCGGAGGGGCCUGUGGUGCACCCGCCACCAACAAGGCCCAAACGAGGAGAAAAAGAACAAGAAGAGGAGCUCUAAGCCUGCCGGGGAAACCUCGCCACCCCCGCAGGCCAGGCAACAUCAACCACUGUGCCAGAGCUCAGGACCUCCUAGUCCAGAGCAUUGCAGAGUGGUCGAUUGACGUCGCUGUGGUCGCCGAGCCAUACUUCAUCCCUGCCCGUGACAACUGGUUGGGAUGCGCUGAUGGUUUGGUGGCCAUUAUUGGCGGGACUCUGAUCGACCCGUCUCGUGGCCGCGGCUGGGUUGCUGCGGUCUCGGGCGGCAUCGCCAUUGUGGGGGCGUAUUUCUCCCCCAACAAGAGUCUCGCCGACUUCGAGAGUUUCCUUGUCGAGCUGGGCGCCGUCGUAGGUCGCCAUCACCCUCGUCCCGUUCUGGUACUGGGUGAUCUCAACGCCAAGUCAUCGGCAUGGGGAUCUCCAGUCACUGACCCCCGGGGCGAGGUGCUAGAAGAGUGGGCGAUCACGACUGGUUUGGUCGUCCUGAAUCGGGGUUCGGAAUAUACCUGCGUGCGGCAGCGGGGCGGGUCGAUAGUGGACGUCUCGUUUGCUAGCCCCUCUGCCGCCGGCCGAGUCCGCGACUGGCGUGUCGCUGUGGAGGUGGAGACGCUAUCGGACCACCGAUACAUCCGGUUCGACGUCUCUGCCCGGACCGCGAGCGGCCGCCAAUCAACAGCCCCGAUUAACGACGGCCCGCGCUGGGCGCUCAAGCGCAUCGACAGGGAAAUACUCGAAGAAGCUGCCUUAGUCCAGUCCUGGAACUGGGAGUCGACGACGACCGGCCCCGUCGACGUCGAGGCGAUGGCACUGCGAUUUCGCGGGGCGAUGACGCAAAUUUGUGACGCGUCCAUGCCCCGCGUCCGCCCACAGUCCGCAAGGCGCCAGGUGUACUGGUGGACGGACGAGAUCGCGCAAUUGCGCGUAGCGUGUGUCGCGGUUCGCCGCCGGUACACCCGAUACCGGAGACGACGACGACGGGAUCCCGUCGAGGAGGACGCGCUGUACCAAGCGUACCGCACGUCCAAGGAGACUCUGUGGCGGGCCAUCGCCGACUCAAAGUCGCGUGCCAGGGAGGAGCUGCUUGGGUCCCUAGAUAGGGAUCCGUGGGGACGCCCCUACCGCUGGGUACGGGGCAAGUUGCGUCCAUGGGCACCCCCACUAACCCAAAGCAUGGAUCCACAGUUGUUGGAGGCGGUGGUAUCGGCUCUCUUCCCUGAGCGAGCUGAGUACGUUCCCCCGGCGAUGGCUCCGCCCUCAGCCACAGACUCUCCAGCAGAGGAGAGCACCGACGUCCCCGAGGUGACGCAAGCAGAGAUGAGAGCGGCCGUGUUGCGACUCCGGGCAAAGAACACGGCGCCCGGACCCGACGGAGUUCCUGGACGUGCUCUCGUCCUUGCUCUGAAGGAGCUAGAGCCCCAGCUGAGAGGGAUCUUCACAGCAUGUCUCGGGCAGGGUCAGUUUCCCAGUGUGUGGAAGGAGGGGAAGCUGGUUCUGCUGAGGAAGGAGGGGCGCCCAGCGGACUCGCCGUCCGCGUACCGGCCCAUAGUGCUGCUCGACGAGGCGGGCAAACUUUUCGAGCGCAUUAUCGCGAAUCGCCUCGUCAGCCACUUGUGCAGAGAGGGGCCGAACCUGGACGACAAUCAGUUCGGGUUUCGUCAGGGGCGCUCCACCAUAGACGCCAUCAUGCGCGUGAGGACCCUGGCGGAGGAGACGGUGUCCCAGGGUGGGGUGGUGCUGGCGGUGUCUCUCGACAUCUCCAACGCAUUUAACACCCUACCCUGGAGUUGUAUUAGGGAGGCACUAAGUUACCAUCGCGUGCCUUCCUACCUCCGCCGCACAGUAGGGGCUUUCCUAGAGGGCGAACUCCCGCCGGGCGCUGACUUGACGUGCUAUGCGGAUGACACGCUAGUGACUGCCCGGGGAGCUCGCACAGGGAAGCGACGUUGA